CUGUGGGCUGCACUUAAAUAUCUGGGAAACUCGAGAGGGUCUGUAUAUUCAGGUUCCGGGGUGCAAUACUCUCUAGUGUUGGUUGAUAUAGUGGGGAGUCAGACGGCAGUUUCACAGUAGCUGAGCGUAGUGCUGUUGAAUAGGGAUGGAGGACACUGUGCACCACUAAAAUAAUGCCGUUGUAAACGGAGCUAACAGGAUAUGUUUGGGAAUUUAUAAGACAACAUUUCGUGCAUUCUUUGGAGUUUCAGGAUCAUUUUGGCACAUGGCAUUUAUUUAAGCGCGCGCAGCGAUGAACACGGUCGUCUUCAGUAAGUUUGAUCACCUGCGCUUUGAGGAUGGCGGAAAGAGUGUCGAGAGGACCAGCAGAAACUAUUUAGAGGUGAUCGAUGGACAACACACAGAUUUACUGUCAAACCACAAAGUGAUGGAUGACACCGAAGCUGUUAAACACAGGAGAAAUGGCAGCGGUGGAAAGAUACGGCACAAACGGCAGGCCCUGCAGGAUAUGGCUCGACCCUUGAAGCAGUGGCUUUAUAAACACAGGGAUAACCCUUACCCCACCAAAACUGAGAAGAUUCUGCUGGCUUUAGGCUCGCACAUGACCUUGGUUCAGGUCUCAAACUGGUUUGCGAAUGCAAGACGUAGGCUCAAGAACACAGUUCGACAGCCUGACUUAAGCUGGGCUCUACGCAUUAAACUUUACAACAAAUAUGUACAAGGCAACGCAGAAAGACUCAGCAUUAGCAGUGAUGACACAACAUCAGACGAUGGGGAGAGCCCUUUGCUAAUGCAAGCCAGUGAAUCAGACUUUACUCGACCAUCACACAAGGGUGUUAUUCAGGACAGCCGUGGCAAAGGGGUGGGACAAAGCGCAGACCCCUCGGUUUGUGAUGACCACGUCUCUCCACCGAAAUAUAAGAACAGUUUGUUGAACCGCUAUCUAAACGAUUCCCUUCGCCAUGUUAUGGCUUCCGAAAACGUUCGGAAGAGGAAUCACUCCGGAUCAUUUAGCUCCAACGAGUACGAAGAUGAUUUACUCUCACCUUCAUCAUCAGAAGCUGAAGCUAACUUCACCUAUCGUACAGUGACGUUAGACUGUGGCACACGCCGGAGUGAGAGUACUCAUAAAGGUUGUGAACAUGGAAACACUAAGACCUGCUGGAAAGAGCUUCAUGCUGCCAUGGCUCUGACCAACCUGGCCCAAGGAAAGCAGAAUGCCGUACCAGGAACCACCAGCUGUAUCAUCCAGAAGUCUUCCCAUAUAGCAGAGAUUAAGACUGUCAAAGUGCCCAUAGAACCCAGAGAUCAGUGACUAACAGAUUGGAUGUUAGUCCUAUAAACUGCACCAGGACGUACUUGCACAAAUGACUACCUGAACACUUGAGUAUGCAGAGUAGAUGCAAUAAUUUAGUUAGUAUCUACAACUGACUUUCCUGAGAGGAAAACGUAUGUUGAUUGACCAGUGUGCCUAUUUUUCUACGACCGUUCAUGGGAAAUAACAGAUGGAUUUGUUGCAAUGGUGACUACCACUGAACACAGAAGCACAAAACUCUUAUUCUGCACCUACAUCGAUUCUGAAAUGUUGUCAGUGGCUAAAAUGUAAUAUAUUCACAUAUUCGAUUUUUUUAAGUUAUGUUGAUUGUAAUGUUAACUGACACAGGAUUGUUGGCAUCCUAUGACAAUGCUAUAUACAUGUGGAUUCUUGUGUUUAAAUUAGUGCUGGGCAUAAAUUAAUCUAGAUUAAUCUCAUACAAAAUUAAGUAUUUUUUUUGCAUAAUAUAUGAGUUUGU